CCACACACAGCUGCAGAUAACUGCUGGAGAAGAGCUUACGAUGUUGGGUUAAAAAAUCCUGAAAUUUGGGUCACCACUUGUCAUUGAGUUGUGAUGGUGACGAACCACUCUAUGAAACAAACAAACACUGGUGCAAAAAAAUGAUUCACUUGAGUAUGACGUCAUCAACGGAGGCCAGGCAAAUACAAAAUGAGUACAUGGUAGCUAUAAUGAGUUUAUUUCGCAGAAGUGUGGAAUUUAGUUCAUUCUGUUGGUAUUUUUCCGUUAACACCAGCAGUAAACUGGAAUGACUGCUAUUACGCAGUCAACCAGAGGGGGCAGCAGUGAGCUGUUGUCGGUAGUUGACUUCUGGACUCCCCACGAGGAAGAAUUCGGAGGCGGAAGUACGCAGUGUUCGGCUGCCUUGGAUCUGAAUUCAGACGGGACAGAUAGGGUCUCUGGUCAUCAAUUUAUAAAUUACGGGACCUUUUUUUUGCCAUUAAAUACAACAAUAAUAUGUUUAAAUCCACCACAAAGCUUUUGUCGUUGAUCCGACGUCUGCCACGAGAUAAAAUGGCGACAUAUGCGGAGGCUAGCCGGCUAUGGUUUGAUGUUUCUAAUUCCGUUCUUUGUAGUAUUACCGUUGCUGGGGUCCUAUUUUAUUAGUAAUGUUCCUAAAUUGUCUUGAUAUGUUUUGACUGUUGUUGACGUCAAUAAAUUAAAAUAAAACACUGAAGCGAUUCUCUUAAGCUUUUGACGUUUUAAUUGUACGAGAGCGACCGAGCGAGUUUUGCGUGAAGGUAAAAACUUUAGGUCGUUGUAUAAAAUAAUGUUUUGGUUAGUCUGAUAAGAACACUCGUAGAAGAGAAGGCAAAACGAAAUGUAACAAUUAAAAGUAGCGGGUAGAAUGCAUGCCCAUACAGCUGGCAGGCAUGCCCUCCACCAGGGAGCCGAGGAAGACCCCCCAGGGUGUUUAUACGGUUGUAGGCGGGGAGGUAGUCCGUAACGACCACACACAACACAGGUGAGAAAACACACAAAAAAACUCCCACCAAAAUUGAUGACUUGAGGUCCACAGCCGACACGCCAGAAGAUUAGCGUUGGCCAGCCAGCAUCAUCCACGCCGCUGAGCAGCGACUGACCCGAGGAGCAGAUGUCGGAGCCGCCGCCGCUGCCUCCGGAGCUCUGGGUGUCCGUGUUCUGUUUCCUGAGCACAGAAGAGAAACACGCCGUCCGCUGCUGCUGCAGGGCCCUCAAGCAGCUGGUGGACCACCCGUACCUGUGGAGAAGACACACCGUGGUGCUGUCGGACCUCCGCCGCUACACGUUCGGCUUCUGGGACACUCUACGCCACCGCAAGCUGACCCGGGUGGCGGUGCGUCACCUGCGGCGGAAAGAAUGGCGCCGGCUCGUCAAGUUCCUGCCGUCGCUCACCGCCAUCGUGUUCGCGGAUGGAGGACGUGUGUACAAGCAGAAGUACCUGGACCAUCUACUGCAGUUCUCGGACAUCAGGGAUCUGGGUGUGCGGGAUACCUCCUGGGGUGAGCCCAUGCUGGGCCCCGGUCUGAGCGCCCACCUGAGGGAUCAGCUGACACAUCUGAGCGUGUGCAACGUCCGCCUGACGUGCACCAUCAGCUUCGUGAAGGCGGUGUCGGAACUGACCAACCUGCGGUUCCUGCUCUUCCAUCAGCAGGGGGAAGGCUACGGCCUGGACAAGGUGCGGCCUGUUCCCCGCAAGGACUUCCACAACAUGAUGGUCCACCUCAAGAAGCUCACGCAUCUCUCAUGGGGGAUGAGGGGGGAGCCGCGGGAACCUCUGCCCGACGACUACCUGAGCCCCCCGGACCCGCAGCAUCCAGGAUCCCAGUACGGCGGCCCGGCUCUGACCAGCCUGGAGCUGGUGGACUACCCGGAGACCAUCCUACCCGAGACGGCCUUGAGGAGCCUGACGUCGCUCAGAUCGCUGACGGUGCGCUACAGGUACAUUCGAGAUGGCGUGGAUUGCCGCCUGGCCUCCUGGCUGAGUCCUCUCAAGCAUCUGGAGACUCUCAGCAUCAUUGGUGGGAACUCCUUGGCGCUCUACACCACCACCAUCCCUGCUAGCGUGACCAGGCUAACGCUGCGUGUGGCCAUCACGCUCAAGGACUUGGACUCCAUCGCUCCAAAAGUCCUGUCUCUGGAACAUCUGGACAUCGAGCAAAAUCGCUCCAGCGGCAGCCUGUGUCGGCGCAUCCCCAUGUUGUUCCCUCAGCUCAGGACGCUGCGCAUCCGGUUCUUCCGACGAGAACCGGAGAAAGACCUGCUGAGCCUCCACCGGCUGCGACACCUGGAGCGUCUGGAGCUGCUGGUGGAGCGCUCCUUCAUCCUGAGGGACUACCUGAACGGACACCCGUGGCCCAGCCCCUGCGUCCAGGAGCUCAUCAACCAGCUGCGAGAGCUGUCGGCCAACAGGAUCACCGUCAUCACGACCAUGCGCCAGAGAAACCCCCUGAGGGAGUGCAACUGUGUUUGGGAGGGAGACCGAUGAUCACCAGGAGAACUUUCAACUUUCCCAUUGAUCAAGGAGCGACAGGACGUUUCCCAUAGAAUCAUCUUGUCAUGGCUGCUCCUCAUUUCAAUCCUGAUAUGUUUCAUUAGAUGAAAUUAAUUGAACUUAAUUUAGUUGACGAGACGUUUGUGACUACCUGAUAGAUGAAGAUGACUUAAGUCGUGACUUGUAGACGUUGCUUUUGCACUGCUGGCCAAAAAGGGACAUUAACUGAUAGGAACCAUUGUUGAUGUGUCAGCAACACUUUAUUUACAUGUCCUUAAAGGGCCAUUAAAGAUAACUUUAAUUGGAAUCAUUUCAUAUGGUGUCAAUAAUUCAACUCGGGCUGCAACUAUUGAAUAUUUUAGUCAUCGCAUAUUCGAGAUUAAUCAAGUCAUCCGACUCAACUUUUGCUUGUUUAGACGAUUCACUUAGGCAUAUUUUUAAAUUGAUAUUUAACAUACGUAGGACCCAUCGCUAUUCAUCCACCAUGCUCACUGGGCACGUCUUGGGAUGCUAUUAAUUAGCUUUACAGCUUGCUACACUAUAUGGUGCUUUGUGGAUACAUGGAUAUGAUUUAUGACUCAUUCAUUUUCUACCGCUUAUCCUCACGAGGGUCGCAGGGGGUGCUGGAGCCUAUCCCAGCUGUCUUCUUGGGGUGAGAGGCGGGGUCCACCCUGGACUGGUGGCCAGCCAAUCCCAGGGCACAUAUAGACAAACAACCAUUCACACUCACAUUCAUACCUAUGGACAAUUUGGAGUGGCUAAUUAACCUAGCAUGUUUUUGGAAUGUGGGAGGAAACCGGAGUACCCGGAGAAAACCCACGCAUGCACGGGGAGAACAUGCAAAUUCCAUACAGAAAUGGCAGAGGGUGGAAUCGAACUCGGGUUUCCUAGCUGCGAGACCUGCAUGUGAACGACACCGUACAGCCCACAUUUUAAUUAUGUAUUAUUUAUUUAGAAAAAAAUCUUAUUUAUUUUUGGUUACUUAUUUUGACUCCUCAAAGCAAAAAAAAUGAGGUACUCAACUAGUUCCUUAGUUCGUGGGCCAAAAUUGUGCAUAUUUAAGCAAAUUGUACAUAUUUCCGUCCUAAAUGAAGCACACAAAGGACUACAGUACAAGUACAUGGUCAGGCAAAAUGAUGUGACACAUUUGUAGGUUAAAUAAAAGGCAAAUAAAGUAAAACAACAUGACUAUAAUGCCAUUCUGUUUCAUGAUGGUUUAAAAUUUUAAUCAGUUGAUUUUAGUUCCAAUGCAGAUCCAGCAGCUCUGAUUGGUUGGUACCCCAUAACAAGAUGGCGUUUGGAGCUGCUACGGGAUCAUGUCUACCAAGAUUGAAAUGCAAACGGAACGCUGGUUGUGUUGCAGUUACAGAUUCGUUUGUUGGG